CAGUGCAUGCCGUACCACUUCUCUACAGAACUUCAAGGCUAGGCCUAAAACGGUACAGUACAUAGGGCCUAUAGUACUACAUUUUUGUCUUGUAACUGGUUUAAACGUGAAGUUGGUUCGGUUGUGUCUAGCCUAAUGUAGGCCAGCCCGCCCUAUAAUCGAAUAUGGUAGAUAAUGAAAAUGAUCAAGGCUGGUUUUCCCGCCUUUCUAACACUUUUCACAAAGUGCCUUGUAUGAGAACAUCCCUUCUGUAUGGGGUUGGUGGUGGUGUUGGCACAGGUUUAGCUUACUUCUUAUACUCAAGUCGUGUAAAAAGAGCAUCUGAUCUAGGAGUAUUGUCCUUUUGUGUCAUUACAUUUGGAACUUUUGGUGUGUGUAGAUACUCAAGAGCAAAGAAAAAAUUAGCAUCACAAAGACUGCAGCGAGUACAUGGAGUCGAGCCGCUUGAUGAAAUUUGAUGAAACCAGGAGCAGUGUAAAAUUUACUGGAAGCAACUGGUAGACAGUGUCAUAUCUAGGAGUCUUGAAAUGAGGGCCUGAUGUGGGUGAGCAUGAAUUUUUGGGCAAUGUGGGAGGGGGAGCAUGGCCUCCCCAUGCACCCCUUAAAUAUGCCACUGUUGGUAGAUGGACUGAUAUCCACAAUUACAGAAGUUAUGAAUGCUUCUAUCAAAACGAGUCUCAAGAUGAAUGUAAUGAUUACUCCUGCUUAAAUUUCUGAUGGAGAGAGUGAAUGCAAUGUACGUGUUUAUGAAAUACCGACAAUAGUUUACAUUCUAAUUAUUUAUUGUUGUACUGUAUAAAUAAAUUUCACAGAGAUUAUUGUCAUCAUUUAUAAUACACCAAUCAUUGAAUAGCUUAGUGGUUAAGAUGAUUGCCUUCUGAUCCCAGGGUCCAGGGAAUUCCUGUGACAACUAAAAUCAACUACACUCCCUAAGCCUCAUAAAGAGACUUCACUGAUAAAAGUAUCAUUUUAUUUCAUUUAUUUACAAAUAUCAGCCGACCAUCUGCUGUAGGAUACACUGGAAGGGUCACCCUCUAUAAAUAUGGUUUUAGAAAAAAAAAGCAUAUCAAAUAAAAAAAGUAAUAAUAGCUACUCCAAGCAUAGAACAUGCCCAAUCAAGUUGGAAUUUCUCAUUACUUGCAUAAUACAAUUUUAGCAGAAGUUCUACCUGGAUUUUAAUUUAAAAAUGAUAUUAAAAAAUGUAAAUGUCACAAUAGUGCCAACAUUUAAUGAUGUAAUAUAAUCAGUUGUGUUCAGUAAAGUUCUAACUAAUGUAAUACA